AUGGAUAAACUAAAAAUCAGAAAACAAUUUGAAGAAUGGAAAAGGUUUCAAGAAGAACAAAAGAAACUUGAAAGUUUUCCCCCAAGGACUCUAAUUAUUAGAGAACCAGCACCUGAUGCUACUUUAGAAGAAAAAGUAGAAACAUCCACUAUAAGUAGUAAGGAUGAAGUCCAGAAAUUAGAUUCCCAAAUAGAUGAAUAUUUAGGAGAAUCUACAGAUUACGGGUUAGAACAAACUCUAGUCCAGCAAACACUUAACACCUUAAAUUUGGAAGAUGUUAAGGUCAACCAUGAACAACGUCCAGGAAAAGAACAUGUUAAACCAGAAGCAGGUCAGCCAUCAGUCGCUAGACCAAAUCCUCCAGAUGAUUCUUCAGUAGAUGAAGAAAUAGAAACAGAAUUACCAGAUUGGCAAAAACCAGCCCAAGAUGCUUGGCGUUAUCCUUUAGAGCCAAGAUAUACCACAUACGGAUAUGAACCAGUAGAUAACCCUUUAGAGCCCAUAAAGCCCUCAGGAGUUAUCCUCAACCUUGAUUGUGAGGUAAAACCAGGAGAAAAAAUUUCCCAAUGGAUCAAAGAAAGUUCAGCUGUAAUCUAUAAAGAAAAUAUGACUGUUGAUCAGGCAUAUAACUUCUUGACGAUGGCUACAACUGGAAGCGUAUCAUAUUUCUUUGAUAACAUUUUCAGAGAAUCCAAAAGGGACAUUCUGUCAUCUCAUGAUGUUCCAACCCUCAUAGAAAAACUAGAAAAUUUUGUAUGGUGGGAAUUUGUAGGUACAAACCUACGCCAGACAGAACAAGAAUACAGAGACCAAAUGAGAGAGGAAACCAAGAGAAAACUUAGCUCCUUGCAACUAUGUAAUCCUUGUUACCUUAAAGAAUAUUUGUGUCAAUUCCAGAAUAUUUUCCAUAAAGGUUUCUUCGGAACCGCCUUAGAAAAUGAAUACCAAAUCUAUUCAGAUAUGAUAUUCAGAAAAAUCCAGGAACCAUGGGGUAGUGUAGUCCUAAACGAUUACUACGCCAAAUUUCCAAAUGAGAAUAUUAUAAACCAUACCAUAGGUAAGAAAGCCUCUUACAUAAGAGAAUGGUUUGAAUAUCUCUGA